AUGCCAUGCGCAUUGAGGUUGAUUGCACGCUUGAAGUCAGGGCAGGUCUUCUCUAGUGUGGAGCACGGCCUCUUCGGGGAGGAAAAUGGAGUCGAAUGGAAUCUUCGAUGCAGAGAGAUCCUAGACCAGGGGGCGGAGUUCUUCGUGGACAACUACAGUCCUCGCAUCAUGUUCCUGAAGCGCCUCUUGGUGUGCUAUGCCCUUUGUGGUGUCUACUAUAGCGAGGCUGGAAAUGCGGAGCAACUGGGAGAUCCCUGGCCCUAUCCAAUUGCCGGGACCUCGGGACCUCCGUUGCUUCAGUUCGCGUCAGUGCUGGGCCACGGCUCCCGCGUGUUGAUUCGCCUGGAGGACGUUGACAGCUCGGAAUUCCUGAACUACCUUUUGACCGGAGAUCCUCACAUUGUGGACUGGAAAGAUCACAAACCACCAAUGCCCAUCCAGCGACGCAUUGCUGCCACUCACUCUGUGGAGCUCACAGAGACAGGAACCAUCGUGGAGAAGAAGCUUCGCGUCACGAAUGUGGCCGAUGCGGUGAGAUGCAUCAACGGAAAUCACAUGGGAUUGAAUCUCCCAAUUGGAGGAGUUGGGAAUCCCUCGCCCUUGGGGCCGAACUGCCUUGUAAGCUUUCACGGUGAAGUUCUCAGCAGGAAGCACGCAAUGUCCAGUGUACCAUCCUUGCUGUCGCGUUUUGCCCUUCCUUGGCGAAAGUCUGAAGAUACUACCGCCAUUUCAGGGCCAAUCUCAGAGGCCUCCGAGAUUUCGGGUUCCAGCAAAGUGAGCCGCGAGGAUUGGAAAGUGGAGCGCCGUGUUCAAAGUGGCCAUCUCUACAUCCGCACAGAUGACUUCGGGGAUGUUUCAUCUGCCAGAAGCUCCAUCAUGGCGACGAAGGAGUCCAACGACCCACGCAGUCGCUUCAAGAUGGACAAGGAGCUGGCACAUGUGCGGAUGGCAAAGGCACGUCAGCAGGCGGAGCUGCGGUCAGACAUGCUGGCGGGAGACCUUUGUUUCCCUGCAGGGGUGCCACAGCUGAACACCAGGAAGUCUCGCUCAGCCACCAGGCGGAUGCUGGGUCAAGUCUCAUUACUCCGCGUGAACUCUGAGCCCGACUUGCGAUCCAGUGUGAGUGAAGGAGCAACUGCAGAGGAUAUUGUUUGGGUCGGUCAAGCCUUAGUGGCACGACAAAACAUGCCGCUGGUCACACCGCCCUCGGCGACGGCACUCAAGACCGGGCUGCAGGGCCAUGGGAACCGAUGGUGA